AUGAAAGAAGCCUUAAUCAUGACUCUGAGCCCUCCAGAGUCUCCUAAAAUAAAUUCUGUUGAAGCAAACGGUCGUCUCCUUAGGGCUGUUCCUAGCCGCCUUUCUCAUCGUGUUUUACGAUCGCCCAAGAAAGUACACCAAGCGACUUCUGUCCAGCGACCUCGCCGGUCAUCCACUAAACCAGUGUCUUCGGCCCAGGCCAACCCCCAAAACGUCGUGCAAUCUAUUCAAUCCAAUCAUCUUGAAAUUGUCGGGCGCGAUAAGGAAAUCGCUUCUCUACGCGAGUCAUUGCUGUCGUGGAUUUCGAAAAAAGUUAAUGGGUGUGUUUACGUAAGCGGUUCUCCAGGAACCGGAAAGACUGUCACCGUCACCCAGGAAGUACAAUUUGUUGCCAACACAAAAGGUUGUCGCCCUUUGUUUUUAAAUUGCAUGCAAAUGGCCUCUUCUCGGUCCGUUUACACAUGUAUCCUCGAAAAAUUGGGCGAAAAGUCCCCAGCUGCGAUCGCUUCCGCUCCGGAGAAAGUUGUCGCACAUCUUGAGACCUGUCUCAUAAAGAAGUCAAGAUGCCUCCCCCUCAUAAUGGUACUUGAUGAAAUUGAUCAGCUGGCGUCGCGUUUUCAGGAAGUUCUGUAUACGAUAUUUUGGUGGCCGGAAAAACUGAGCAACGCCCACCUAAUUUUAAUCGGCAUUGCGAAUGCCCUCGACUUGACCGAGCGUUUGCUGCCUUGUCUACGGUUGCCCUCGCAUCGUUUCGUUCACAUCGUCUUUCCACCUUAUUCAACAGACCAGAUUGUCAAAAUAAUCUCUUCCCGUCUUCUCACCGCUUCUACCACCGACACUAAGCAGUCUCUUGAUAACCCGGCCGUGCAGUUUUGCGCUAAGAAGGUUGCAGCUUGUUCGGGGGACGUGCGGACAGCACUAGCAGUCUGUCAACGAGCCCUGGAAUUGGCCCGUCUCGAAGCCAGGUCAAAGGGAGGUGAUGACAUUAAGGCUUCCGAAAAGACGCCAACCCUUACCACCGGCCUUACUCCACUUCAGCAGCGUAUCAUGUCUAGUCCGUCCGUUCGAAAUUCGUUAAAGAAGAGCAAUCUUGCUCCUGCAUUCGUGGAAGAGCCAGUUGAACGGUUUGUCAUGCCAACAAUUCGCCACAUUAGUCAAGCCAUCCGCGAGGCUCGGAAUGGCGGAUGUAUUCAAGCGACAUCUUCCGCUAAUCAUUCCGGUGUUGGUGGCGGUGGCACGCACUGCUCCGGUGAUAUGCCUCUCCAUCACAAGCUAGUACUCGCCUCUUUACUUCUGCUUCGACGUCUUCGUGGCCUCCGGGAGGCCUCCGUGGGCCAAGUCUUUGAUGUGUAUUCGCACGUCUGUUCACAGCGUGGCCAGCUUGCUCCCUUGGAUAUGUCUGAGUUCCUUAGCGUUUGUGAACUGUUAGAUUCCCACGGUCUUUUGCGACUCUCAACAUCAGUUGGUCAGCGCUCUUCUACUUUUUCGACUCCCACUCAGACGAAGCGAGUUGCUCUUUUACUGGAUGACAAAUCAGUGGAGCGGAAUCUUAACGAUAACCUCCUAAUGUCGUCUAUCCUUUCAAUCGGUUCGCUGCCUUAG